CCGGCUGUAGGUAAGCUCAACCCACCUCACACAGGACACACUUCUCAGGAGGUCACAGCCGCUCACUCUGUCUUUUAGCUUGCAGCCGUUUUCGUGACCAUCUUGGAGUUUAAUGUCGAUUUUUCGUGGAUAAAGUACUUGAGAUGAUUUGACCGAGACAUGAAGCACGGACCGGAGGAGUUUCGUGCAGCUACAAAGCGACAAAAGGGCGGAAAAAGUCACAGUGUCUGUUGAAGCUACAGGGCCAGGAGCAUGACUGAGCAGCAGGAGCAGAGCGAAGAAACAGGCCUGCUCUCAACACAGGACCUGGACCACUCCAAGGACGACGACACGCACGGCCACUUCAGUAUUUCCCUUCACAACAGGUUUCAGCUGAUUGAAGAUCUGUCCUAUGAAGAUGUGAAGAAAUGUUACCGGGGCUCGUGUGUGUCUUGCAGCAGCUUGCUCCAGGCCAUCGAUGUGCGCGAGUGUGUGAAUGUAUACGGGGCCAACGUGCUGAGCCUGGUGCAGAGCUCCCGUCCUUUGAGGGAGCGGGUGGUGUCUGCGGCGAGCGGAGUGGCUGGUGGUGGAGGAGGGGCCGGUGGAGCGGUGCAGGCGGGCCGGUCGGCCAAGGAGCUCCUCAUGACUCUGCCCUGUCCCUCUGCACAGACUGUCAGCAAGUACAACUCGCAGUACCACAAACUGUUCCAGUGUGUGCCCAAGGAUGAGAUCCUCAUGAAAGUGUACUCAUGCGCUCUCCUCAGAGAUAUUCUUCUACAAGGCCGGCUCUACAUCUCCAGAAACUGGCUGUGUUUCUAUGCCAACCUUUUCGGCAAGGACAUCAAGGUGGCUAUCCCUGUCGUCUCCGUAAGACUGGUCAAGAAGCACAAAACAGCGGGUCUGGUACCAAAUGGCUUGGCCAUCACCACAGACACCGGACAGAAGUAUGUAUUUGUAUCUCUGCUAUCAAGAGACAGUGUCUAUGAUGUCCUUCGCAGGAUCUGCACUCACCUACAGGUCAAUGGGAAGAGCCUGAGCUUGAAGCAGUUCAUGGAGGAGCCGAUCUUAUCGCUGGAUGAGUACCCGGUUCCAGACGAGUUCCCGGCGGUUGACGAGUUCCCAUCAGUGUUAAAGUGGAGAAGGAAACCCUCGGUGGUGUCUGUGUCCUCCUCCCUUCCUGACCUGCUGGGAAACUCCACCAGCAGCCUGAGCGCCGCGGACACACCCUUCAAAUCAGAACAGCCGCUGGAAGAGCGCGCCCUGCAAACAGACAGAGGUCUUUUUGCAGAGCCACUGGCAGAGCUGGGCCAGAUGGAGUACCAGCUGCUCAAGUUCUUCACUUUGCUUAUUAUCCUCCUCAUCCUGUCAUCGUGCUACCUGGCCUUUCGUGUGUGCAGUUUGGAGCAGCAGCUGUCCUUCCUCGGUAACCCCAAUCUGCCCCUGAGAGAGAGGUAACCGCUGCUCUCCGCUGGGACUCGUCGGUUUUGCGAUGCCCUCCUGCAAAGAUCCUGGAUCAGCUUUAGAGUGCGGAAAAGAUCAAGCCGUGCACCAGCCGCAUACAUGAAGGAGAACUGACUUUCUAUUUAGUGAUCACUUCCAGACUAUGCAAACAGACUUUCUAUUUAUUUCUCAAUUUGAAGUAGGUUUCACUGUAGAUCCUGAUUGUCUACUAUGGCCUAUACCUCUCACAGACUAUCAUCCCAUGACUCUGCAGUGUAAAGCCCCAUACACUGAAGUAGUGAGCAGGUGGGGGCUGUUUGUGAUGCUGAAGGUGAGGGGGGAAAGGUAGCAGAUAAUUAACUCAUUAAUUACUUGAAAAGACGGAUGGUAAAGGUAUUCCAGGUGAUUUAUGAUGGUGGUUUCCAACAUGUUUUGACUGACCAGCUGACAAACCAAAUGCUUAUUAUUUUUUUUCUGGUUACAUCUUGGCAUAGCCCUCAGUAGGAAGGCUAAUCCAUCUACAACAAAGCACUUUUAAGAAGUAUGUCCAUAUUAUUUCAAAUGUAUGUAACUGAGUUGAGAUCUAUUUUUGCUUGAUAUUAGGUACUCAGUUGUCAUUUUAAGAGUUUUUAUUGAAGGAAAUCUUAUAGGACCACAGAGAAUUGACUGAAGGAAGUCUAUAGCUGUAAUAUACUGAAGCACCAACACCCCCUGUGGGUGUUAACUAUAAUGUGAAUGAGGAACAAGAGACAAGCUUAUUAUCUGUUUUUAGUUGUUCUCAUCUCCUGUGUGAAAGGAGGUCCAAGUUGUUUAUUUUAUACAUUUCAAAUGAAGUCAACAAAUACUUAAAAAUGGAGGGUCAUGUGAUUAUAUAUUUGUCUGAAGAUACUGAAUGAUUUUACAGAUGUGUAUUUUACAGAAAUGUUUGUUUGUGAAAUCCCUGUGAAUUAAAUUAGCAAAGAAAUGUAGAUAAACAAAAA